AUGGACUAUAAGCAUAGUUUUGUCGCAAGUCCAGAUCCUCCCCUAGAUGGAAGGCAGAACCCACUCUUAUAUACAGAUUUUCUAUCUUCAAACAAGGAGCUUAUAUACAAACAACCAUUGGGUCCUGCAGAUGCUGCCUACAAUUUUCUUCACCAGAACAGUUUGCAUGACCGUAGCGUGCAAGAGAAUCUGGGUCCAAUGUUUCAACCUUACGGUAUUGACAUCACUCGUCUUCCCAUCACCAACCCUCCUAUUUUCCAAAGUUCUUUACCAGCGUUUGAUCAGCCCGUGUACAAAAGACGCAUAUCCAUCUCCAACGGUCAGAUUAGUCAAUUAGGAGAAGACUUAGAAACGAUUGAAAACCUUCACAGUUGUCAGCCUCCGUUUCUAUCAUUCAAGACCCAACAAAAUUCCGGCCCUCAACAGGUGGCAAAUUUAAACACAGCCACAUAUCCAAGCUUUAGUUCGAACGAAUUGCAAAACAUACCGCAGCAAAACAUACCACAGCAACACGAACAAGCUACUGUCAUACCCGAAGCAGCGCCUCAGACAGGGAGCGAGGAAUUCUGCCCUGCAAUGACACCGUUUGAUAGCAAUCUCAAGCUUAGUGUACCCGCGGUAGCGGCGACUGCUGACAUCCCCUCUUCCACGGCUUCUAUCCCGCUAAACAAUUCCGGAAUCGAUCAAACUUAUAUCAACAUGCAGCUCCGAUUACAAGCUCAAAUGCAAAACAAGGUGUGGAAAAACGCCCAAUUGAGUGUGAAUCCAUGUACCCCAGCUUCUAACUCUUCUGUUUCCUCUUCUUCCUCAUGUCAAAACAUUUGUGAUCAUAGUAACGAAAAUGAAUCUAUCCAUUCUUCCAUUUCCCAUGGCGCUAAUAGCAAUACUGCUAAUACGUCCCACCAAAAUGCCGAUAUGACUAAUGCAACCGGUCUCCCAUACAAAUUGAAGUCUCCUGAUGUCAACUCAAUACAUAUCGAAUCAAAACCACAAUAUGAGGAAACCAUCUCUGCGCUAAGUAGCAACACCAACAGUGGGGCAGUCGUAAACAGCGGGCCCUCCUCUACUAUGCAUACUUCAGCAGCCUUUCAAAUCAAACAUGAACCAAGACCCCAAAGAAUGGAGAACAAUGCUACUGGUUUCGAAGAUGGUGCUAAAGCUUGGAAACGCGCAAGACUACUAGAACGAAACAGAAUUGCCGCUUCGAAAUGUCGACAAAGGAAGAAGAUGUCACAAUUACAACUUCAAAAGGAAUUCGAUCAAAUAAGCAAAGAGAACACGAUGAUGAAGAAAAAAAUCGAGAAUUACGAAAAACUGGUUCAAAAAAUGAAAAAAAUUUCGAGGUUACACCUGCAAGAAUGCACAGUUAAUAAUGGAAAUAAUAGCCAUCAAAAGUCUGGAAACAAAGAUCGCGAUAUUAAUGUAUUUUUGAAAAUGAUUGAAGAAAUGAUAAGUGGCUCCACUCUAUAUGAUGAGUAG